AUGAAUAGUCAAAGAAUGACAGAUUGGUUUCAAAAUAAAGUAGUUUUCAUAAAAAAUUAUACUAUUGAUCAAAAACAAAGUAUAUCAUCUGACAAAUCUCAAAUAAAUUUAAUAAAAGAAAUCUUUCUUGUUGUUGAUGAUGAUGAUGAUGAUGAUGAUGAAAUGAAACAAGAAGAAAUAAUUAUUUUAUUUAAUUCUGAUUAUAUUUUUUCUAAAAAUAUAACUAUUAUCUUUUUAUUUCUAGCUGAACAAUUAAAUUAUUUAAUAAAUCAACUAAUUAUUAUCUCAGAAGAAAUUCGAAAGAAUCGAUUGUUACGUUGUGAAUAUACUAAAGAAUUUAAAGAAAAAAUUAACAAUCCAAGUGAAAUGAAAAGAAAAUAUGAUAUGAACGAAGUACUUGAUCGAAUUUAUAAUUAUUGCAAACACAUAAAUAUGAAGAAAAAACAAAGAAAAGAAUUGAAAGCAAUUAUUACUCUUAUUCGACAUCCUGCUCAUAAAAUAUAUAAAAUAGGUACAAAUUUAAUUGAUAAAAUCCUAUCAGAUUUUUGUUGUAUCGGUGAUCAAUGUAUAAUUAUGCCAAAUCGAACAUAUGUUCAAAUUAAAAGAAUUUAUUAUAAUAAUCCUCAAACUGAUUUUUGUAUUUGUGGUCAAUAUGUUCAAGUUAAAUUAACAAAUGUUAAACAAAAUAUCUCACCUGGAUUUAUUUUAUGUAAUGCUGAAAAUAAAACACAUGGAAUAAGUCGAGUUUUUGAUGCACAAGUUGCUAAAAUUCAUUGUAUAUCAAUUAUAUGUCCAGGUUUUUUGACUGUUCUUCACAUUCAUUCAGCUAUUACUGAACAAAAUCAACUAGUGAAAGGAAGAUUUGAAUUAUUACAACGUAAUCAUGUUAUAUGGAUCGAAGGAUUUAAAGAUUGUCAUCAAUUUGUUAAAUUCACACUUCGUUAUGAUGGUGAAACUGUUGCUGUUGGAAACAUUCUACAAAUCAUUGAAUGA